AUGUCUUCUAACGACCGAGCAACUCUCCAAGACGGAGAGAAGGUGACUCUAGGACAAGGAAGUAAAGAGACUGCCACAUACGAAGACCUCAAAGCCUCCGACGAGGCGCAUCAAAUGCAUGGUUUUGGUCAUCCCCUCAUGCAAAAGGGACCAAGACAGCUCAUCGUCUUCGAAUCGGGCGACGGGGCCGUUCUGAAAGAUGUCACGGGAAAAGAGUAUCUGGAUGCCUUGGGAGGCAUUACCGUCGCCCAUCUUGGCCACGGUCGCAAGGAUCUCGCGCAAGUUGCUUUCGAGCAGAUGACCAAGCUGGAAGUCUCUUCCAACCAGCGUAACCUGACCAACAACAAUGCAGUUAAACUCUGCGAGCGCCUCUCUGGCCUCGCGGCUCAAGCUUUCCCAGAGAAAAUGACUGGCUCACGCGUGUACCUCACUACCGGUGGCGGUGAGGGUAUUGAAGCUGCGUACCAUCUUGCUUUGCGCUACUGGAAUAAGUCCGGGCCUCUAGGUACUAGCUAUGGCGGAGGCUACAAGAAACAGAAACUGAUUUCUUUCCGCAAUUGCUACCAUGGCAGCACGUUUAUCCCUGCGUCUUUGAAGCCCGAGUUUUCAGACUAUGGGUGGAAGAGGUGGAUGGAGGGUCAUGGCCGUGAUGUGUAUGAGAGCAGCCCGCAUAGGAUGUUUUGUAAUAUCGAUCCGCCACAUGAGUUGUUCUUUGAAAGGAGCAAGUUGAAGCAUGGAGAGAAUGUUGGGCAGGCGGCUGCACGGGAGCUGGAAGAACGGAUUCUAAAAGAAGGCGCCGAUACCGUUGCCGCCUUCGUUUUUGAGCCUGUUCAAGGCGACGGUGGCGCUGUCGACAUGCACCGCGACUUCUUCCCACUCGCGGAGCGAAUUUGCAGAAAGUAUGGAAUUUUGAUGAUUGCAGAUGAGAUCAUGUCGUUUGCCAAGACGGGGCACUGGUUCGGCAUGGAGUUGUACGGCGUCUGCCCAGAUAUCAUGGUCAUCAGUAAGGGUCUGACAUGUGGUUAUCUCCCUGCCGGAGCCGUGAUUUAUCGUGACGACAUCUGGAAAACAGCAUUCAACAACAUCAGCACUAAGAUGAUGCUGUCAGAUGUCUGGCAGCAUGACUACACCUGGUCCGGACAUCCAGUCUGCUCUGCCGUUGCUCUCCGCGCACUCGACAUCAUCGACCAAGAGAACUUGAUUGAACUGUCUGCGAAGCGCGGCAGAGAGUUUCUCGAUAUUCUCAAGUCGGAGCUCGAGGGAUUGCAUACGGUUCAGCAAGUCCGUGGAACUGGUGUCAUGCUUGGGAUCGAUCUCAUUUCUGACAUCGCAACGGAUAUUGAGCAAAAGGUGCUUCUAGAAUACGGUAUUGUGCUAAGGGCGAGUACCAACAAGCAUUGCUUGCUUCUGACACCGCUGUACUCUAUGACGGAUGAGCAAUUUAAGAAAGUUGCAGAGUCGCUGAGGAAGGUUUUGAGAAGUUUUGCUACGCUAGGUGAGAGCGCGAUAAGCAAGAGCCGUCAAAAUUGA